AUUUUUACAUUUGAUUUUGAUGACGAGUUUCAAUCUGAGGCUUGACUGAGCCUUUUACUUGUCUUUGUGGUCGAAUAUGAACUCGACCUAGGCAAUAGAUUCGAAUUAUCACGAAUUGCAUGCAGCUGCUGAUCCUGUAUGGAAGAAGUUAGUUUAGAAGAAGUCAUCUUUUUGUGUGGACCUCCAUUCAGUGGUAAAACAAGUUACUAUGAGCAUCAUUUGAAAUCAUCCCAUGAGAGAGUGUCUGCAAGCGAGUUCUACCAGGCCAAUCCAAGCCGGGGCUUAAGGCAUUUUGUCCUUCAUCUUCUAAAGAACUUUGGAGAGGGCAUUCAUGGCAAGGGUGUGGUGAUCGAUGACGAGAACUGGUCUAGGAAGACAAGACAGUCAUGCAUGCAGAGUAUUAAAGCAAAGCUCCCUUCCUGCAAGUUCAUCUGCCAUGUUUGCAAGCCUAGAGAUGCCUUUGAAUGUCUGUGGAGAAGAGAGUGGGUCUUGGCGGAAUACUUCUCAAAGGGAGACAACAGACCUGGCCAUUUCUGGUCCCUAGCUUCUACUGUGGACCUGUCCGACACUGAAGCCAGAAUACACAAGUGGUUUCUUCACGAGAGUGGUGAGCAUGUUGCAGGUUUAGAUGCUUUGGAUGAGAGUGAGGGAUGGCACCAGAUCAAAGAGAUAGAGACCAGUCUUCAGCCAAGAACAAAUUACAAGUUUGAAGUACCUGCUGUAUUUUUAGAUUGGCAGGCUUUGAUGGGAAACUCUACCAAUCAACUUGUUGAAGCUCUUAAGAUAUGGAAAUAUAAAACGUUAUGUGGUAGAGUCAUUGUGCUAGCAACAGAUACAGAUGAGGUAUGUGAUGACAAAGACUCCCAAGAUUCAGACCCUGGUGAUAUCUUCAAAUCAACCCUAAAAAAAAUCCAAGCAAAGACAAAGGCCCUAGCAGGAGAACUAAGUGUACCAGUUUUCUAUCUCAUCAUCAAGGAGCCUGCACAGAGUGGAAAUUUCACCAAAUCCCCCAAUCCUGGUAUCCUUUCUUUUCUGCAGCGCCUGCACCACAUCGAUAUCCAUCACCCAGGAACUGUGUUAAUUUACCAGUCUAAAAGAAGCAGGGCUACCGAGUUUGCUCAAACCGGAAUAAAGCAGUUUGCAGCCGGUUCGGUCUGCAGGAAUCCUGAGGUGUUGGCGCAUUGCCAAGGAGGGAGGGUCUCUGGCUCUGCCCAUGAGUCAAUUUUGGAUUUUGAUUAUGUUUUAGAGAGCGAGGAACAGAUUCCUAGUGUAAUACCACACUUGAACGAUAUUAUCAGUGAUGACGCUGAUGAUGUAAGAACUCAUGUCGGGGAGGAGAGAUGGGGAAGGAUCCUGGGUGUCAGCUAUAAGGACAAGGAGACCUUGAAAAGAUUCCAACAAGAGCACAUGGCCAAUGCCUCCCACAUUUCAGCUGAAGGGAGUAAAAUGAGGGACAUAUCUGUGCAGGAUGGAGUCAAGGGAGGGCGCUCUUCAAUUCCAGUAAAGUGCAAUGAACCUAGUAGUCAUCGAGAAGAUGGCAGGAAUGACGGAGCAGAGUCGAAGCACAGAACAGCACUACCAUCAUGGAUGACACCAAAGAGAAGGAAGAAUGAAGAGGAAAAUGAAGAUCAAAUAAAUGCAGUCAACAAAAAAUACGAUGGAUUGCCUAAAACCAUUUAUUGUAUGACAGUAGCAGAGCUCAGAGAUGUAGCACUGAUGUUUCUUAAUCAGGAUGGAGGCAGCGAUGGAAGUUCACAAUUUCUCUCAGAUCCAACCGAACCCGAUGAUGCAGGUGGGAUUGUGGAUGAUGCCCUAGAAGAUGAAAGGUCGGGGCAGUCUGAUGAAGAUGAGAAUGUUGAGAUGGUGGACAGAGACUCGGACCAGGGAACAGCUGAAGGAAGUAGACGGAAGACAUCUCUUCCGGGAGAUGAGGAUAGGGGAGUUUUGGGAGAGGAUGGUGAUGACCGGGAUAGGAGGAAAGCGAAACCAGGAAGUGGCGAUGGCAGUCGAGAUGAUGGGGUCGCCAGCAUCAUCACGGAUCUCUUCGUGGAAGAGAGAAGACACAGGAAGCCACCACCGAAAAAGAAGACAGUGAGGUCACCUUUCUCUACGUCGUCCACAAUGCUUUGGUCAGAUGAGGAGGAGGAGGAGUCCUACCAACCAGAUACCAUUAGUAAAUCAUCAACAAGGAAUCCUCAAAUCAGAGAAAAGUCAAGAGACAACAAACCACAGAUUCAAGACUUCUCCUUCUUGGAUGAAAUAUUUUGAAGAGGAGUGUAAGAAAUGUGCUACAGUCGAUAGGAAACGUACCCAUCCACCGACCAUAGCGGCGGUGCCGAAAUGACGGAGACGAUCAUGCUCGGCUCAGCUCAGUCAGAGCUCGAGCUUUAUCUAUCGGCUCGCUAUCGUAGACGUGUAAACAUUCGACUUUGGGCCCACACCUAUCUAUGAUAUAUUUUGUUUUGGAAUUUUGAACCAUCAAGAGGGCAUGGACAUGGCCUUAACUAGAUCUAGGAAUAAUUAGUAAUACUAAUUACAACAUAAAAAUAAUAUUAAAUUGUUAAGGUUGUGAUACAUUGAUUAAAUAGCGUGAACUGAAAUUGACUAUGCCUAGUACCGUAUGCUUAUUUUGCCCAUAAUUAAAAAACACAAACAAACUGCCAGUAAUAUAUUUGAAAAUUGAACAUUAUCAAAGGUCACUGCCUACCUCGCUUAGUCGUCGAACGAGUGCAAAUGUCACGUUCCGUAUACAUCUAGACACGGAAGCAUUGCUGACUUUGUGGGCACGUGCAAUUUGGUAGAGCAACGUGCCCCCAGCGUAGUACAUUAGAACAAUGCAGACUUUGAGUAGCACUGGCAAGGCUCUAUUGCGAUGGGUUCUGUGCUCCAAGUCUGCCCUUAUAAUGUCCACAAUAUGCAUGAUCCCAUUCCUUGUAAACCAAUACGCUUUUCUGAUUUUGCUGUCAUCCAGGCCAUCAAAUGGAUCCUCUCUUGGCAGGAAAACCCUCCUCCUUCUUGCAGCCAUUUUGUUGCUAUGACUAUGACUGCACUUACGCACAACUUUUAAGAACAACCUCUU